AUGGAUUUGCCCAAGCGAGCUCUCCCCCAAGGGCCAGGUUCCCCGCGACGAAGCCCCAGGGCCAUGGAGGGCGACGAGAACGCGGCCCCGAGGCGCCCCGCCGCGGCGGGGCCCGCGUCCCCGCAGAGGAAGAAGGUUCUGGGGGUGCGGAACGGCGCCGGCCGCGGGCAGGAGGGCGCCGCGUCGGCCGCCAAGGCCGCCGCGCUCGCCACGCCGCCUCCCACCGGAGGGGGGGCGGGGACGUACGACCCCAAGACGAACUACACCACGCCGCGGCCCGACUUCCUGCGCUACGACCCCAAGCGGAGCCGCGAGAUCAUCCUCCGCCUGGGGCGCGAGGUGGAGGGCGGCGACAGCUCCAGCGCCACCUCGGGCACCGAGCUCUCCGAGGUGCUGUCUUCCGGCUCGUCGGCGGCGAGAGGGGGCGACUCCGAGUGCGACGACGCCGACGACGAGGAGGAGGUGGUGCCUGCGCAAGGACGGGGAGGCCGCUGGGCGCGGCGACUGCUGCUGCUGCUCGUGUCCUCGGCCUGCCUCUUGUGCUACAUCUACUGUAUGAGUUCCGCUCCCUUCCCUGCUACUACUUCAGAAGAACCCGUCAGUUUCGUCGGAUUUAAUGGGAGCAUGUCUGAUGUCGGUGUUCACGAGGUAGUUCCUCUGCCGGGGCCAAUUCAGUAUGAACAUGAGGCAGAUAUAGGCCAAUCUGUGGUCGGGGGCAGUGACGAUGGCAUCCCUUUGCACGGCCCAGGAGCUUCACCUAGCAAUUUCAUGGCAGUUGCAAUGGUGGGAAUGGCAGAUGCCUGCCCUAAUGUUGCCUUCGGAGAAUUUACAUGCCAAAUCGGGGAUGAGAGCAGCGAGAUUUUGGAUGUUCUGAAUGAAGAUUCUGGGAUAGGCGAGCUGAAAUCGGAAGCGAGCAUGAGGCCACUCGAGAAUGCUGAAGAAAGCAGUGAAGUUGUAUGCUCAGGUGGAGAUGUCACUGAAGUUCCCUUUGGUUCCACCCACAGCGAUGAUAUGGAUGAGAACAAGCUAGGAUUAGUUCCUCAAGAGACAGGGGGAGAUGAAUCAAAACAAUCCAUGCCACAGUUGGUCACCAUGGAUGAAAUUCUGGAAUCAGAAAGCGUGAAGGUGGUGAGUGAUGAUAAGGGUUUGGAAACUGAGAGGUUGGAUCAAGAAGAAUUCGACUCGUUGGGGUAUGAGAACACAGCUGAAGGUGCCAAGAAACUUGUUGAUAUGGUGAAAAUCCUGUGGUCUGCAGUGGAACCACAUUUGCUGAAGAUGCUGGCAUGCUUAUCUGUUGCAGGCCUUGUGACUGUUAUGAUCAAGUAUUCCCAAAGGUCUCGCAAGGUCAAGGUGCCCGUGUCACAACGUAUGCCUUCAGUUCCACCCAGGCGAGUGCCAGUACUAGCUCCACAUAAUACUGUGCCACUGCCGGCGUUCCAUUCAGAGCAACCUGUGCAACGGAUUGUGCCCAAACAAGAGUCAUCUGCCUGCUUGGAGCCUCCUAUGCAAUCCUUGUUGUCAGAGUCAGACCAAUCUGUGUGCCUCAAUGUUCCAUCAAGUGGUCAUAGGGAUCAUGAUCAGAAAGUUCAGCAAGAGGAUGGUGGUGGCGUUGAAAGGGCUUCAGAUGGCAGUACUGUGGAUCAGAAAGAUACUGACAGAUCAAAGCCACCAGUGGUUCAGUUGCUCGGAGAGUUCUCAUUUGUCGAUGCAGAUAGCUCAAGACGGAGGUCUGCCAAAGACUCAAUUCAGCAUGGUGGAGACGUCACGGUUCAGGAAUCCAUGUCUUCGAGGAAGCGUGUAGUCAAGACGCAAAAGGAUUCUGACAAAAUGCAAACCCCUGGUCUUCAAGCAGCAAGAAAGAAGGAGACUGCAAGAGCAGAAGAAGAGAAGGUGGAUGCUACACCGACUCCGCUGAGGCGUUCAAACCGUCUCCGUAAACUGGCUUCUCCUUGA